GCGGCUCCUCCUCCACCGUCCGCCGCCGGCCGGGAGCCAGGGCUGUGCCGCGCCGCCGCCCGAUCUGCGUGGGGAAGGCCAUCUGUGAAAAAGAAAAAAGAGAAAAAAAUGAAGUGCUUAUUCCUAGUAUUUCUCAUGAAUUUAUUAUCACAGUGUGCUGGGAAACCUUUAAGAAGAGAUGGCAGUUACCCGAAAUCAUUUGAAGACAUUAAAAAUGAGAUAGCUGGCUAUACUGAUAUUGCUAAGGCUAUUAUUGAUCUUGCUGUUCAUGGAAAGGCUCAGAACAGAUCCUAUGAAAGAUUAGCAGUUUUUGCUGAUACCAUAGGACCUAGACUCAGUGGCUCAAAAAACCUAGAUGCAGCCAUCAAAUAUAUGUUCAGUGCCCUGCAGAAAGAUGGGCUGGAAAAUGUGCAUCUGGAGCCUGUGAAAGUACCACACUGGGAAAGAGGAGAAGAGUUUGCAAUGAUGCUGGAACCAAGGAAUCAGAGCAUUGCUAUUUUGGGACUUGGGAACAGUGUUGCAACUCCUCCAGAAGGAAUCACGGCAGAAGUCAUAGUGGUAGCCUCUUUUGAUGAACUGCAUAAAAGAGCUCAGGAGGCCAAGGGGAAGAUUGUUGUCUACAAUGAACCUUUCAUCAGUUAUGGUGAAACUGUGCAAUACAGAGUACGGGGAGCAGUGGAAGCUGCUAAAGUUGGAGCAGUGGCAUCCCUCAUUAGAUCUAUUACUUCUUUUUCUAUUCACAGCCCACAUACAGGGGGGCAGAGUUACCAGCCUGAUGUACCCCAAAUCCCCACUGCUUGCAUCUCCGUGGAAGAUGCUGAAAUGAUGUCACGAAUGUCUUUCCGGGGCACUAAGAUUGUUGUGCACCUGAAGAUGGGAGCUAAGACCUAUCCAGACUCUCCAUCUUUUAACACCGUGGCAGAGAUAGUUGGAAGCAAGUACCCAGAACAGAUUGUAUUGGUCAGUGGACAUCUGGACAGCUGGGACGUUGGGCAGGGAGCUAUGGAUGACGGUGGUGGAGCAUUUAUAUCAUGGGAAGCAUUAUCACUCAUUAAGGAUCUGGGACUUCACCCAAAAAGGACUCUGCGCUUGGUGCUGUGGACAGGAGAAGAGCAAGGAGGAAUAGGUGCCAAACAAUAUUAUCAGUUGCACAAGGAAAAUAUCUCCAACUUUGAUAUCGUCAUGGAGUCUGAUGAGGGCACCUUCAAGCCAUCUGGACUGGGUUUUACUGGCAGUGCUAAAGCUCGGGAAAUCGUGAAAGAGAUCAUGACUCUGCUGCUGCCCAUCAAUGCUACAGAUGUUUACGACAAUGCAGAUGGAACAGACAUCGAUUACUGGAUGAGAGACGGGGUGCCCGGUGCCAGCUUGCAUAAUGACAUCAGUAAAUACUUCUGGUUUCAUCAUUCUCAAGGGGACAUGAUGACAGUUCAGGAUCCAAACCAGAUGAAUCUCUGUGCUGCUGUUUGGACUGUUGUCUCCUAUGUAAUUGCUGACAUGGAGGAGAUGUUGCCAAGGUAAUAAAACAGCAAGAAAGAAGAUUUCUGUUCUUCAAUAAAGAUUGUAAGUCCACUAAUGCAUGUGGACUACAACUAUGCUAAAUUCUGCUUUUAACCUUGAUUUUGUGCUUCAUUAUUGUAUCUGUUUUUCUCAAAGUACAUGCUUUUUUACAUAUACCUGUUUCUUUUUGCUGUUUUGAUCUCUUCCAUUUGUGAUUUUCAUUUAAAAUGUAUUCUUUUAAGUCCUUCUUAAAUUUCAAAUGGAGGUAGGAUACCUCUUUGACAAUGAUAUAAUAAACAUUUGUAUGCACAGUGAUCCCAUGCAGCAGGAAAAGUGCACCAAAUAAAUUUGUUUCAUCAGAAUAAUUAAUGUAUUGAGUUACUGUACAUGUUUACUUGUUUUGUUUCUGUCUUUCAUUCUGUACAUUGGAAUGAAGCACUAUUAACCAAUCAACCCUUUCUUUUUACUGUUUUAAGGUAAUACUGUAGUUUCUAGAAGUUUUCAGGUUAUAGGACAAAUUAAUCUUGUCUGUUUUAAUGGUAAUAUGUGGUAGAGUGGUCAAAUAGUAGUCAAAAUGCUAAAAUAAUUGGGCUUUUAAUGGUUUCAUUCAGCUCUGCUGUUAAAUGUUACUAAAGGUUCAUGUAAGACUCAGAUAAACCAGGACACAGAGGAUAGGAAGCCAACCAGAGGACUCUUAUUUCUCCCAUCUUUUUUUGGCCACGUGUGUCCUUUUCCGUCCCAUGGCAGACUCGCCAUAGUGACAAGUAGAGAAUUUCAUAUGGCACUUUUUCUCUGAAAUGCCAUGAUGUUUCAGAAACAGCAUCACAGCUGUGAUUUGUGACCUUCAGUACCUGCCAGCUGAUAUCCAACAAAGUGUAAGAGCAGAUUUUGGUUCAGAGUCCUGAAGCCCUUCCCAGCUGCCCCUCCCGUGUGGGGAUGGCCUUUCCGGCUGGAAGCUGGGUGGGAGGAUGCUCGUGCAUAUUCAUUUUGAUGAAGGAAUUCAUCUGGGAAUUUGAUUCUUAUAUACUUUGUUGGUUUAGGGGGGUUUGUUUGUUUGUUUGUUUGUUUUUUCCUACAGAGAUUAUGAAUAUUCAGGUGAGUUUUAGGUAUAUCUGUAGAGGAGAUAUAACUGGUCUUGGGGAAUAUUUUAAGAUGUAUGAUUUCUGCUCAUUUCUUUGUGACAUGAUCCUUACUUGUGCUUUUAAAUUUUACAACAAGCAGACUCACUGAUGUGAAUAACUGCUGCAAUAUAAUCAACACCAAACAACUAACGUAACAAACAAUGUGGUGUAUUAAACCAAAUGGCAGGCAGUCCCUGGUGCUGUUAAUCAGUUCUGCUGUUGAGCAAUAGCUGAGUGAUGAGCAAUUCAUUGCUAUAGAAUUCAUAAUCAUGAUAUCUGUUUACCACAAUAAUAGCUGUUUUCCAUCAAAUUUAUAAACUAUUUCAGUUUUCCUUCCAAAUAAUUUCAGGAGCAUAAAAGAUGGCUGGAGAUAUGCUGCUCUAUCUUUUUUAAAGAAACAAUAUUGAAAUAAAUAAAGUUAGCAAAGACUU